ACACUCCUGCUCGGGUGAUCUGGCGCAGAACGUAGGGGGUGCUUGGCGUUCGUCGGGCUCCUCCCCGUUUGCUGCGGCCUCCGAGCUCCGCGCUAUUCUGUGGCCUCCGCAGAAUGUGGAUGACGCCCAAGAGGAUUAGGAUGGAAGUCGACGAGGCUCUGGUGUUCCGGCCCGAGUGGACCCAGCGUUACCUGGUGGUGGAGCCUGCGGAGGGUGACGGGGCCCUGUGCCUGGUGUGUCGCCGCCUGGUCGCCUCUACCCGAGAACGCGACGUAAGGCGCCACUACGAAGCGGAACACGAAUUCUAUGAACGGUUUGUGGGGGACGAGGAGCGCGCGGCCCUGGUGGAGCGUCUGCGGCAGGGUGACAUGUCUUUGGCCUCCGUGCUCACUCCGGAGGAGAGAGCGACGCGGGCAGGCCUCGGCCUCUGCCGCUUCUUGGCCUUGAAGGGUCGCGGCUGGGGUGAGGGUGACUUCGUACACCAGUGCAUGGAGGUGCUGCUGAGAGAGGUGCUGCCUGAUCACGUCGGCGUCCUGGAAGGCAUUGACUUAUCUCCAGAGAUCACACGGCAGAGGAUUCUGAGCAUUGACAGCAACCUCCGUAGCCAGCUGUUUAACCGAGCCAGGGACUUUAAGGCCUAUUCCCUUGCUUUGGAUGACCAGGCGUUUGUGGCCUAUGAGAACUACCUGCUGGUCUUCAUCCGUGGCGUCGGCCGCGACCUGGAGGUGCAAGAAGAUCUUCUGACGAUUAUCAACCUGACUCAUCAUUUCAGUGUUGGCGCUCUCAUGUCGGCAAUUCUGGAGGCCCUGCAGACAGCAGGGCUCAGCUUACAGCGAAUGGUUGGUCUGACCACGACCCACACUUUGAGGAUGAUUGGAGAGAACUCCGGACUGGUCUCCUACAUGAGAGAAAAGGCCGUGAGUCCCAACUGUUGGAACGUUAUCCACUAUUCGGGAUUUCUUCACUUGGAACUGUUGAGUUCUUAUGAUGUUGAUAUUAAUCAGAUCAUAAAUACCAUAUCUGAAUGGGUAGUUAUGAUUAAGACCAGAGGUGUUAGGCGACCGGAGUUUCAGCCUCUACUAACUGAGUCUGAAUCAGAGCAUGGCGAAAGAGUUAACGGACGGUGUUUGAACAACUGGCUGAGAAGAGGCAAAACGUUAAAACUGAUAUUUUCACUAAGAAAAGAAAUCGAGGCGUUCUUGGUUUCAGUGGGGGCCACUACAGUUCAUUUCUCAGACAAGCAGUGGCUUUGCGAUUUUGGUUUCUUGGUAGAUAUUAUGGAUUAUCUUCGAGAGAUCAGUGAAGAACUGCAAAUCAGUAAAGUCUUCGCUGCCGCUGCCUUUGACCGCAUCUGUACCUUUGAGGAUAAGCUCUGCUCACUUCAGAGACACAUGGAGGAAGUCAAUCUAACAGACUUCCCUGCCUUCAGCAUAAUCGUUGAUGAACUCAGACAGCAGUUUAAAGAAGAUCAAAAAAUAUUUGAUCCCGACAGAUACCAGAUGGUGAUCUCCCGCCUGCAAAAAGAUUUUGAGAAACAUUUUAAGGACCUCAGGUUUAUUAAAAAGGACUUAGAACUUUUCGCAAAUCCAUUUAGCUUUAAGCCGGAGUACGCACCUAUUUCUGUAAGAGUGGAGCUAACAAAACUUCAGUCGAACACUGACCUGUGGAAUGAGUACAGAGUCAAAGACUUGGGACAGUUUUAUGCCGGACUGUCUGGUGAAACUUACCCGAUUAUCAAAGGGGUUGCCUAUAAAGUGGCAUCCUUAUUUGAUAGUAACCAAAUCUGUGAUAAAGCUUUUGGGUAUUUAACUCGAAACCAGCACACAUUGAGCCAGCCGCUGACGGAUGAGCAUCUCCAAGCACUAUUUCGAGUUGCCACGACUGAAAUGGAUCCUCGCUGGGAUGAUCUUGUGAGAGAAAGAAACGAUUCGUAAACCAUUGUGGUACAAGAAGAAGUCAAAUUUGAAAAGGGAAAGUUAGUUUGAUUUCCUUUUCUUUCACAUUUCCUCAUUGGAUGGUCGGAAAGCAUUGAACUUACUACAGAUGUCCAAACUGAGAAACACUGAAAUCUCUCUGAAGAGUUGCCUUUUCCCCAUCUCAUUUGGCAACACGGGACUGAACCAUAAGAAUACCCACCUUUAAGAAUUGUAGUUUAGUGGAGAAGUCAUUGCCUUUUACUUUUAUUAUUAUAACUGAUUUUCAACAAAUUUACUAUUGAUACUGUCAGUUGAACCAGAAGUCUGGUUUUAAAAUGGUCUAAAGAUAUAUGCCAAACGUUUCAGCUCUUAUCUUGACACAGCAGAAAGUGUGACACAUGGUUUGAAAAGACCAGCUCCAUAAAAGUGUACUCGAGUCAGUUUACAGAAACUCACAUAGCAAAUUAAGUUUCUGAAGAGGAAUAGCAUAUACACAGUAGAGGUAUUUUAUCUAGCUAACAGAAUUUAAGAUUAUUUUUUAAAUCCUAUUUCUGAGUCUGAAGUAAAUAGAACCCCCCCCCCAUCCCCACCUACCCAGGUGAUGGCGAUACUACAGAUGGAGGGAGUAAUCAGUUUGGUGUUGGAGCAGCAGGAAUUAUUUUAAGUUUCUGAUUUAGGAGUUUCUUACUAUCAGGAGUUAAGAAUAACCAGUUAUUGGUGGUUUGCUCCUUAUUUUUUCACAGCCAGAGCAAUUUUUUUCAGCUCAUCUAUCAAAGGACCAUGGUAAGUAUGGAAUCUUGAUCACUGCCAGUGAGUAAUUUUUUUUCCCUGCUCUAGACAGAACUUUGACCCUAUCUAAACAGUAAGAAAAGACUUUUACACUUCAAGAUCAGGAGUUAUGAGAGGUUUUAGUUUGUUUGUCUUAUCUGCAUGGGUAUUAAUGUUUUAUAAAGAAACUAUGCUUAACGGAGACACUUUAUUUUUAAAUGAUUUGGCAGAUUCUGUUAGCUGCAGGAAAUGGAUUUACUCUAGAACUGUCUUACACGUUGAGUAGUUAAGACAGUGCACAAGUAAAAAUAUUUAAAUCUCAAGAAGCGCCCUUAUCCACAGACUAAUAAUUCCCAUUUCUAGAGACAUUAGUCUUGUGUUAUAAUGUUAUCGGGCAUAUUAACUGUGGAAAAGUCAAUCUUAAGAUAAAGCUCAACAUGUAAACUGGAUCUAAGCAGCACCCAAUUUGUAACUCAUCCUCGUACAGUUUACAAGCUGAUGUGCUGUGAUCUGUCUUAAAUAUUGCAGCACGCUGUCGUGUUGCACAUUCAAGGAACCUGAUCACAACCAAGCAUUUGGAAGGAACUGAUGCUUAAGCCCCAGGAGUCGGAGAACCAAAGUUAGAUCAGUGGUUCCACACCAAAGGGAGAAACCCUUCCUCCCAGAGAGUGCUGGAAGUGUUAGGGGCACCUUUGUAGUUACUUUAUUUACUGGAGGGUUGUGCUGGCAUGUAAGCCAAGAAGAUUUCUCCUUCCUAUUGUGCACAGAUAGUCUGAUGCCAUAAAAAAUCAUCUAUUACUUCCAAAAUGCCAGCACCUCCUCCCACCAAGUAUACACCAUCUUAUUUCAAAGGACAAGGAAAAUCUCCAGUGGAAGCUGAUGGCGUGAGUCUACCGGAAACUGGUAGUUUCCCGGUAGCUUUGUAUAUUACCUUUCAUAGCAAAUACUUCAAACACUUUUAUUAUUUGAGAGAAUGAUUGGAAGCUGCUUCUAUUUUCCAUUUCUAGUUUCCUAAAUAUUAAUAUCUUGUGCAUUCUAUCAAGUUCUCGUGUUUUGCUUAAGGUGAUAAUUAGUUUGCAUCAUGUAACCACUGUGAAUAUGAGGAGAUAUAAAUAAAAUAAGGAAUUUUUUUUAAUUGACCCUCAGCAAUAGUUUGCUGUAACAAGUCUUACUUUUUGUUUGUUUCUUUGUUUAAGGCAGUGGUUCUUAACCUUCCUAAUGCUGCGACCCUUUAAUACAGUUCCUCAUGUUGUGACCCCCCAGCCAUAAAAUUAUUUCUUUGUUAUUUCAUAACUGUAAUUUUGCUACUGUUAUGAAUUGUAAAUAUCUAAUAUGCAGGAUAUCUAAUAUUCAACCGCCCAGAGGGGUCGAGACCGUGGGUUGAGAACUGCUGGUUUAAAGGUGUUUUGCUGUUUUUUGUAUUUCUGUAAGUAGCUGUAGCUGCAUGGCAGUUUUUCCCUUUCUUCUCCCGUUUUAAAUAUAUAGUUGUUACUGGUCCUGUGGUAUCAGUGAAUAUAUAGUUAAAAUAAGUGCCAUUUGAAACAACUCUAUGUCCUUAACUGUCCUUUCUCAUUUCUCUCAUUCCCACUAGUUCAAAUAUUUGCUUGCCCAGGCUCCCAUAUUGCCAGUCAGAUCACUCAAGUUCAGUGUUCUCGUCAGUAUUUUUGCCUUGAACUCAUCAUAGCAUUGCAGAGACACCAGCUCCAGUCAUUGCAGUCACCCCUUCCUUAAGUAUGUCUGUCUGGUUGUUUGUUUUGCUGUUCUGUUUUGUUUUCUUUUAAGAUUCCCUUGCCUCAUUUCCCUACAUUACUUCCUAGUUGAUCUCUUUCUAUGACUUUAGUUAUUACCUGUGUGCAGAUACUUCCAAAUUUUUGUCUCCUGAGAUUUCCCCCUAAAUCCUAGUUGCUAAUAUUGCUGACACUCUGCGCUCUCACACCUUGGCUCUUGCUCCCGAAGCUGCCCUUCCUCUCACGUUUCCUUCAACAGAUGGCUUUACAGUCAGCUCACUCAUACCACUCCCCUGCCUUCAUCGAUAUCAGGGUAGAUAGAAGACAAACUUCUAUUCAUCUUGCGGAACUUGACUCUCAUAUCAUCUAAGAAGCUUCAGGGGUAUCCUCUAGGCCAGGUGCCCAACUACACUGCUGAACACCCUGUCCUUUGUACUUAGCAUUUCUUACUGUGUGUUGGUCAUUGCUAGGACCAGAGAAGUCUAAUCCAUUGUUUCAUCUCUAGUGAAUAGCAUAAUGCCUGGCAUUUGAAGAAAUGCUUGGGCAAAUAAAUACUUGUGUGGGUUUUUGUUUUGUUUUAUGACACUUUCACAGUAUUCAUUUGACUGUCACAGAAAUUUUGGCUGUUCUCUGAAUAGUUCUUAGCCAUGUAUUGAAAAUUAAGAAAUGAAAUUCACCUUAAUUGUGACUAAGAAUCUCAUUGUUGUGUUUCUUGAAUUUAGUGCAGUGCUGAGCAUGUAGUUCAAAUAUUAUGUGAAUGUUGUUAAGAAAACAGAUUGUAAUUUACCCUAGUAAACUAGUAGUAAUGUCAAGAUUCAAACUAGGUGUACUCACAAAUCUACUCUCUAGUGUUAAGUACAUUCAUUAUAUUGAGUCCUUAUUUUAUUUUAAUUUCCAAAGGAAUCUACAUACAGAGGGAAAACAUUGGCUAACUGCUUAGAUUGACCUGAGUUCAGUAAUCUCAAAAUUACCUUCAGUACUGGAGAAAGACAAUACUACAAAGAGUUAAUGUCCAUUUUUCCUUUUGUAGGGUCAACCCUAGGAGAAAAUGGCAUGCUAUUUAGUAGUUACUUUCCUUUACAGAUGAUUUCUGGCUCUUCUGGAAUUUAAAAGUAAGUAAACUUGUUUAUCUGAGAAAGGAGUCUUAGUCCUUCUGACUACAAGAUCCUCAGCUCAUUUGUUUUUUUCAACAUGUGGAAUUCCCACAUCAUCUCCCAAAGAGAAAACCCCCAGAUGACAUCCAGUUGACAUGGACUUUUAGAUUUGCUGUAUUUUCUUGCUUUCUUGUUUCAUGCUUCUAAAUUUCAUUUCUUGAUAAAUGAAACAUUUCAGUCUUAAGUCGGAAAGCCAGAUGCUUAUUAGUCUCUUUCAUUAAGCCACGUUGCCCAAAUUACGGGAUGAACUAGUACCAUUUUCUUAGUUGGACGUACAACUUUAGGAAGUCACACUAAUUCACUCUGAGGUUUUCGUAGUAGGUACAACAGUCAUCCAGAGGUUUGAUCCUGUUGCAAAACUAGGUUUUGUCAACCUUGGGGUUAAGGGUUUCUUAUUUUUAUCUCAUUUUUUAAAAGUUGGUUCAUCCUACACUGUAAGUACUUUAUAAAUACUCUAUAAUUUCUGCCUUGAAGCUGACCAGAUACUGAAUUCAUGUCCUGUACAUUUUGUCUAAAGCAGCCAAUGGCCACCACAAAGUAUUAUUUUCUUUAAUAAAGGGUAGAUGUCCUGUCUCCCAGUUCAUCUCAAAGGGCACUUUCGCCUCUCUAUAAUAUAACUUGUCCCUGUGUCAUAAUUUUGUUCUAUCUUCCAGUAGCAAUCUUCCUGAAUGCCUCCUAAACAAUCACUAAGCAAUUUGUUUAGUAUAUUAGUUCUGCAUUGGGAUUAGUGAGGUUGUCAUAAGCAGGUGAAUAACUACAAGUGUCCCAACAGCUUGUCUGUGACAGGUUGUCUGAGCUGGCAGACUAUAUCCCCCACAGGCCAAGUCUGUCCUGGCUCAGCCUUCUCUGAGGAAAGUAUUACAGGAGUUACAGCCAUGUCUGUCUGAACCGUCAUGGCUACUUCCCUCUACAGUUGCAGACUUGAGUAGUUGUAACACUGUGUGCUACAUAAACUAAAGUAUUUCUUGGAAAAGUUCACUGUUUCCUGCUUAAAGUUGUCCCUACCUCUCCUGGGGACUAAGCAGAUAUACUCAAUAGGAGUUGACUGCUCACUUAGGGAAAAGAGAAGAGAAAGUUUGGCUCUGUAAACCCAUAGCCACACCAGAUUUCAAGAAGUGCAAACCCCUCCGUACAGGUGGGAGAAAGAUGAACUGUUGGGAAGAUCACACUACUGGUCCUCAUUCUAUUCCCCUAGUUAUGUCACUUUAAAUAUGGCUUUGCUUUUUCAUUGAGAUAAAAGUUUACAAAUAUUAAGUGUCCACUUCAGUGGAUUUCUGUAUUCACCUGUGAAUGCACCUCUCAGAUCAAGGUAGAAAAUAUUUCUCUUAUUCCAGUAGGUGCCCUUUGCCUUUCACAGAGAGAUAAUUGCUGGUCUGACUUGUAUUGCCUCUCAGUUUUGCCUGUUUUUAAAUGUAUAUCAAGUGGAAUUAAAUACACUGUUGUAUCUUCUGUUCUCUGUGUCUGCUAUAGGAAUCCAUGUUGUGGAUUGUAACAGCUCAUUUUUCACUUCUGUGUCACAGUCCAUUCAUUGUACAAGUUAAUCCAUUCAAUGUUGAUGAAUAUUUGGAUUGUUUCCAGUUUAUGAUCAUUAUGAAUAAAAUUGCUGUUAAAAGCC